CAGAAGAAAAUGGCAGAUUCCGAUACAGAUCCAGAAGUUGCUCAAAUGCAGUUACAGGCUGAGAUAAUGUGGUGUGUAGAACAGUUUGAAUUGAGUUUACAAUCUGGAAAACUAUCUGAGAAGAAAGCUGCCGAAAUAAAACAGUACAUCAAAAAACUGAAAAAUCCUCUAACUCCUCUUGUGAAAAUCCGCCAAAUAAUGAGAACUAACUACGGUGAUUAUCGUGCUAAAAUGGCUGUGGAUGAAAAAUCGUCGAAACUAGAUUUGAGUAAAGUAAAGAUUACAGAGGGUAAUACAAAAUCUGAAAAACCAUCCUUUAUAAAAAAGAGUGCCGCUAUAUCAGGAUCGAAGGAAGAAAGGGCCAAAACGGAAUUUAAAUUUUCCUUUAACAUUAAACAGUGAUAUUUUUAUUCAGAA